UCCCAUUGAACUCAUUUAUACACAAGCGCAUAAAACAUUUAACUCGCUCAAGAUAACGCCGAAACUUCCCUCUCUUUCUCUAUCUCCUAGCCCUACUCUGUCGUCACCCUUUCCUACUUUUCCUCCCUAAAAAAAUUUCCCCUAUUGGAUUUUCCUUCAUUUUUUUCUAUCUUUAAAUACUAUUUCAUUGCAAUUUAUCUGGGAAUUUAUUUUUUUCCAUACAAAAGUAUUUUUUUAAUACUUCUCUUCAGAGCGCUCCUCAGUUCGCCGAAAACAGAUCCCUCUUUUCUUCUCUGCUUCAUUCGACUCGUUGAUCGAAACUUCCCGACAUUAUCGUAAUUCAAUUCCUUCUUUCUCUACGAACACUUCUUGCUUCCUUGCUCCGGAUUUCAACUUGCGUCCCGGUUUCGCUCUUCCCCCUGUUGCUCUGUUUUGCGGAAGAAUUCUAUUCCUUUCAGAAUUAGGGUUUAUGUUCUGUCUCCGGUUUCGAUUCUCGGGAGUGAAAUUUACAACCCCGAAUAUUUGAUCGUGCCUUCUUUCGAUAAUGAUAAUCAAGCGGAGCCUGAAAUCCGAAAUGCCGAGUCUGAAACGGCGCAGACUCGGCGACUCGCCGAGCGAGGGCGACGAGUCCGCGGCGGAGCGGAAGAAGAAGAAAAGAAAGACGAAUGGUUAUUGCUACCCUUUGAAUCUCUUCGCCGGGGUAAUUCCCGCUAGUUUUUCCGGCUUACUUGGCGCCGGCGCGGCUUCGGAGAAGAGCUGCAAAGUGGAGCCGAACUCCAAGGGCGACGAAGACAGAGGUGACAAGAAGAACGGUUCGCGGCCGGCGCUGGUGCGAACGUCGCGGGGGCGGGUUCAGGCGCUGCCGUCGCGGUUCAAUGAUUCGAUAAUUGAGGAUUGGAGAAAGGAUAGCAACAAAAUUGCUACCGGCUAUGAUGAUGAGGAGGUUGAGAGUGUGAAGAAAUUGCCACAGAGAAAAGGGAAGAGCAAUAUCGGUCACAAGGGUCGGGGGUAUUCUGCAUUGUGUGAGGAGGUGCUGCAUAAGAAUUUUGAUGCCAGAAAGGGGUUUGUGGAGUUGAGGGGCAAUGAGGGUGUUUUGGAGACGAAGAAGAAGGAUGGGUUGUAUGGACCAGAAGACUUUUAUGCUGGGGAUAUAGUGUGGGCCAAGGCAAGGAAGAAGGAGCCCUUUUGGCCUGCCAUUGUCAUUGAUCCUAUGUGUCAGGCACCUGAGCUUGUUUUGAAGUCCUGUAUACCUGAUGCUGCUUGUGUCAUGUUUCUUGGCCACUCUGGGAGUGAAAAUCAUAGGGACUAUGCAUGGGUCAAGUAUGGGAUGAUUUUUCCAUUCAUUGAUCAUGUAGACAGGUUUCAGGGACAGUCUGAAUUGAGUUGCUGUAAUCCUGCUGAGUUUCAAGCGGCAAUAGAGGAGGCAUUUUUGGCAGAUCAGGGCUUUACAGAGAAGUUGAUAACAGAUAUUAACACUGCAGCUGGUAACGCUGGUUGCGGUAAUUUGAUUCCGAAAGGCUUUCAGGAGGUCACUGGUUCAAACCAAAAUGCAGCAUGUCGCUUUCUGAAUCAGAAUUUAUUUGAUAAGAAGAAAGACAUGCGACCUUGUGAAGUAUGCGGAUUGGAGCUUCCUUUCAAAAUGUCAAAGAAAACGAAAGAUUUGAUUCCUGGCAGUGAAUUCCUAUGUAAAACAUGUGCUAGGUUACCGAAAUCAAAAUAUUAUUGUGGCAUAUGCAAGAAAAUUUGGAAUCAUUCGGAUAGCGGAAGUUGGGCUUGCUGCGAUGGAUGUAAAGUAUGGGUGCAUGCAGAAUGCGACAAAAUUUACGGCAAACUUUUCAAGACUCUGGGAGGCACUGAUUAUUUCUGCCCUACAUGCAAAGUGAAGUUUGAUUUUGAGUUAUCCGAUUCAGAAAAAUCACAGUCAAAAGUGAAAUUGAAUGAAAGCAGGGGGAAACUAUUGCUUCCGAACAAGGUCACUGUUCUCUGCAAUGGUGUGGAAGGCAUAUAUUUUCCAAGCCUUCACUUAGUUUUGUGCAAGUGUGGUUUUUGCGAGAAUAGGAAACAAGCACUUGGCGAAUGGGAACACCACACUGGUUCCAAAUAUAGAAAUUGGAGAACAAGUAUUCGGGUGAAAGCAUCCAUGUUAUCACUGGAAAAAUGGAUGCUACAAUUGGCUGAGUUUCAUGCUAAUGCUGUAGCUUCUGUGAAACCUAAAAGGCCUUCCUUGAAAGAAAAGAAGCAGAAGUUGCUUACUCUUUUGCAAGAGAGGUAUGAACCAGUUUGUGCUAAGUGGACUACAGAACGAUGUGCUGUAUGUAGAUGGGUUGAAGAUUGGGACUACAACAAAAUCAUCAUUUGCAACCGAUGUCAAAUAGCCGUUCAUCAAGAAUGCUAUGGAGCAAGAAAUGUUCGAGACUUUACGUCAUGGGUUUGUAAAGCUUGUGAAACGCCUGAGAUCAAGCGGGAGUGUUGUCUUUGUCCAGUAAAAGGUGGUGCUCUAAAGCCAACUGAUGUUGACACAUUAUGGGUUCAUGUCACUUGUGCUUGGUUUCGACCUGAAGUAUCUUUUGCUAGUGAUGAGAAGAUGGAGCCUGCUUUGGGUGUUUUGAGUAUUCCGUCAAAUUCCUUUGUGAAGAUUUGUGUUAUUUGCAAGCAAAUUCAUGGUUCGUGCACACAAUGUUGCAAGUGUUCCACUUAUUUCCAUGCCAUGUGUGCAUCUCGGGCUGGUUAUCGCAUGGAGUUGCAUUGUAUGGAGAAGAAUGGUAAACAGACAACAAAAAUGGUUUCUUAUUGUGCUUACCACAGAGCUCCCAAUCCAGAUACUGUUUUGAUUAUGCAAACCCCUCUUGGAGUCAUUUCAACCAAAAGCCUUCUCCAAAAUAAGAAGAAAGCUGGGUCAAGGUUAAUUUCAGCUAACAGAAUAAAGGUUGAAGACACUUCUCCUGCAGAUAACACUGGACAUGAGCCAUUCUCUGCUGCUAGGUGUCGUAUCUUUCAAAGAACAAAUCAUGCAAAAAAGAGAACAGCAGAUGAAGCCAUUGCUCAUCACGUAAGGGGUCACUACAAUCAUCCUUUAGAUGCAAUACGGAGUUUAAGUGCACACAGAGUGGUAGAAGAGCCCCAGGCAUUUUCUUCUUUCAGAGAACGCCUUUAUCAUUUACAGAGAACUGAAAAUGAACGAGUUUGCUUUGGUAGAUCAGGCAUACAUGGAUGGGGCCUCUUUGCACGUCGAAAUAUUCAAGAAGGAGAAAUGGUUCUAGAAUAUCGGGGUGAACAAGUGAGGCGCAGCAUUGCAGAUCUAAGGGAGGCACAAUAUAGAUUGGAAGGGAAAGACUGCUAUCUUUUCAAGAUAAGUGAAGAAGUGGUUGUAGAUGCCACUGAUAAAGGAAACAUAGCGCGGCUAAUUAACCAUUCUUGUAUGCCAAAUUGCUAUGCAAGGAUCAUGAGUGUGGGUGAUGAUGAGAGCCGGAUUGCUCUCAUUGCUAAGACUGAUGUACCUGCUGGCGAUGAGCUAACGUAUGACUAUUUGUUUGAUCCUGAUGAACCUGAUGAAUUUAAAGUCCCUUGUUUAUGUAACGCUCCGAAUUGCCGGAAAUUCAUGAAUUAGGAUUUAUUCAGAUCGUGAUGACAAGUAUUGUUUCUCCGCAAGGAAGUACUAACCCAUCCCCUCAUCAGCGGGAACCUCACAGUUAAACCCAAGCUGUAAUUUUAGUCAAAGUAUAUGAAAAAGUAUAGGAAAAAGAAAAUUGUGGCAUAGAUUUGUCUUUUACCCCUCUAGUGGUUUCUUAUAGUUUCGCUUUCCUUUGACAUUCAUCAAGGCUUAAUAAAAGCUAUAGAUUUAGCAGUUUUUUGGCUCUUUUGUAAAUGUGGCAGAAAAUAUUACUUUAUUUUCUUAAUUUAAUGUUAAACCAAUUCUUGCUG